AUGCAGAGGAUGCCACAGAAAUUGCAAGAGCUGCAGAGCUGGAAUAUGAUCCCCACAAGCCACUCCUCAGGAGGAGCACAAAUCUCUGAAAAGUCUAGGGAAGCUGAGUUGGAAGAGGCACUGAGGAGCAGUGUCACCACAAGCAGGCUGCAGGUGAACCACAGUGUGCAUGAAGAGCUGCAAGUCUGCAGCAGCUGUUGUUUAAUCAUUGUGGAUCCAUUGCCAGGGAACUUCAACCACCAUCAGGUCUUAGGCUGGGAUAUCUGCUUGAAGCAAAAGCACAAACCUAUAACCAGACGUGAAGUGCAGCUGUCAGGACUGGUGUCAGACACAGGCGAUGCAAAUCUCUGGCAGAAAACCAGCUGCUGUCCUCAGCAUUUGCUUUGCCCAUCCUCCAGCCAUGAGACACUCAUCUGGGUAGAGCUGUGGAGGGAGGCUGAGGCGGUGCAGGGAAGCGGCUCCUGCUGGGAAGGGGCGAGAGGGAGGAGUCUCCCUACCCAGCGCUCCUCAAACUUGCACCUUCUUCCUUUCUGCUCCAUCUUGACAGCUGUGACCAAGGCUCCUCUUUUCCCUGCACUUCCUGGUUUUUGCCCCACUCCCCCCCGCCCCAGGCAAGGAAGGACACUGGUCCCACAGCCUGGGGCAGCUCCUCUGGAGGCUGAGUCAGCUCCAUGGAUACAGGACAGCACUGCUGGAGACCCACCCUUGUGGGGGUGUGCAGCUGUGACGCCCAGCAUCAUUAACUUGGAUAAUAGGACUGAGCCACAGCCAGCCACCCUGGCUUUGUAUAGCUCCACGCUGUGUUUGUUUUUGCAGUGUUUCUGACACAAACCCCUUUAGAGCUGCUUAGCUGAGAACCUUUUGGUAAUAUACACUGCAUCCUGCCUGCAAUGAUAAUAGAAAAGAAUCCUUCUUUCUACGCUCAUGAUUUCAAGUACAUUUGGUUGGUUGGUUUGUUCGCUUGUUUCUCUAGGAAGAGCAAGGA